AGUUUUGGCCCUUGCGUCCAAGUGUAUUUUGCCAUUUGCGACUUUCAGUGCGGAGGGUGAGCGGCUGAUGACGGCUGCAGUGGCAAGCUAUCCUGGGCCUUAUCAGGAGCGCUCCAGCACCCCCCCCUCCAGGUGUUCCUACACCCCGCCGAGUUCUGUGGGGCGGGGCUCAGGAGCUUUGCACUUCGGAGGGCGGCCAGUAGCCACGCCCUUGGGAUUGGCGGCGCUGUGGGAGAAGGAGCCCAUCGGCAAGAGUGCGCCGGCCCCGAGCGGCCCGCCUCUGCACCGAGCCACGCAUGGAGCUUCAUGGGGAAGGGGCUCCACGUCUCCACGCAGGUCUCCCGGUCCACUGAUGAUCAGGGCAGAGGGCUCGAUGGAGCACACGCCACGAGCUGGAUUCCAAGAUUCCCCGCGAGGACCUGCAAGGCGCAGCGCGACUCCUUCACGCUUGGGCUUCCCCGAUCCGAAGAGUCCAGAGCGGGAGAUCCGCGCGGAGAGGGCAGUCAGGCAAACCUCUCAGUCACCCAGGGUUCCUACACUUCCAGGACGAAAUGAGGACCUCAUUCAUCAGCACGUGCUGUAUAUCAUGAGGAAGAACCCUGAUGUGGCCAGGUCAAGGAAGGUCCAGCAGGUCACUGAAGGAGUGUACCUAGUAGACGGCCACGAGGUGAACAUUGAAUGGAAGCAUGCCACGGAGCCUGGGCAGCGAGGUUGUCCAAUGGUCGUGGAUGGCCCAAUGCACCAACCCUUGAUCGACUACUUGAGGUACAGCGAGGAGAACAAGCAGUACGACCUUGAAACUGUCGUUUGCACAACUGCCCUGCAUCAGGUUCCAAAGGACAAGCGGAUGACCUUCGACGACAAGCACAAGCAGUACAGCAGACUGGAUGCGAUGAAAGUCGCGAAGGAGCAGGCAUGCAUCAGAGAGCAAGCAGCUGACUACACCUUGGACGGCAAGCAGGUGCCGAAUGAGCUGGUGCGCCGGUACAACAAGGCAUUGCGGUCCAAAGUGCGAGGUUCCCGCAAGGACGACCGUGUCAUCCUUGCGCAAGAGCAAGAGCCGGCUCCCCACGCCGGGCAGCCCUCACCGCCGGUGCCAGCCGCCUGUGCUGACACAGCCCAAGCAGCCCAAGCCGCAGGCACAGCCGGCACAGCCGGCACAGCCGCAGGCGCAGUCAGCAAAGCCAAAGCCGCAGGCACAGCCGCCGCAGGCACAGCCGCCGCAGGCACAGCCGCAGCUGCAGGUGAGAGAGGUGAGAGCCGAGGUCAAGGAGGCGGUCAAGGCCGAGUUCUCGAUGGUGCGGCAGCCGUCUCCUGCCGCCAUGCGCAUGGCUGCUCAGGCCAUGGCGGCCACACCAGGGAGAAGCUCGCCGCCGGUGCCAGAGCCAGCGCCCAGGCCUUUUCCAACCGCCAUCAGCCGUGGCAUCUCGCUGAAUGGCGUCCCGUCCUACGUGCCUGGGCCCGUGGCCACUGCCGUGGGCUCCUGGCAGCCGCCCGUGGUGACGCGCAGCUGGAGUGGCUGUCUUACUCCUCGGGAGGUCGCUCCGACCGGCUUUCCGCAAGCGCAGGUUCUGACCGCGCCGCUGGUUGUGCGGCAGGUGUCUGUUGGGCAGCGCGGCACGGAGUGAGAGCGGGAGAAUCGGUGGGAGAACUUCCGUACCCUCCAAAUGUCCGAGGCACGCAGAGGCCACGGCCCCGGACUCGAAGUUGAGGGACGGAUGAGGGUGCGCGUGACCAGGAGAGGUCGCUCGCUAUGGCGGCGACUGCUGCCGCCCCGACGCUGAUGCUGACAGGCCAUGAGGUUUUGCCUAUUGCCGUUCAGAUCCUUGUGGCGUGCCCGUUGCUUGCCGUGUUUUGCCUCCGCACGAAUUUGCAAAGCAGCAUUAAUUCGUGCAAAGAAUUCAUCCUAGGCCCUGAGGGUUGAAGGCCCUCGGUGGAAGAGCAAAUUGCUUCGUUUGGGAUCUGGAUUGCAAGCUGC